CUUGAAACAAAUUGCUGGUAAUAUCUGGUUACAUGUUAACUGAAAUUGUUCUAUUUGUUACAGGUCUUGAAAUAUUGCGACCACCUACACGGAAAAUGGUACUUCUCCGAGGUGCGGGCGAUAUUUUCCAGGCGGUAUUUGUUACAGAAUAAUGCUAUCGAGAUAUUUCUGGCAAGCAGAACUUCCAUCAUGUUCAGCUUUCCGGAUCAAAACACCGUGAAAAAAGUGAUCAAAGCUCUACCUCGUGUUGGUGUGGGUAUUAAAUAUGGUAUUCCUCAAACACGUAGAGCAAGCAUGAUGUCUCCCAGACAGCUCAUGCGUAAUUCUAAUAUGACGCAAAAAUGGCAGCGAAGAGAAAUUUCCAAUUUUGAGUAUCUAAUGUUCCUCAACACUAUUGCAGGACGAACUUAUAACGACCUGAACCAGUACCCGGUAUUCCCAUGGGUGCUAACGAACUAUGAGUGCAAAGACUUAGAUUUGAGUUUGCCAAGCAACUACAGAGACUUAUCCAAGCCCAUUGGUGCUCUAAAUCCAAGUAGGAGAGCGUACUUUGAGGAACGGUAUUCGACGUGGGAACAUGACAGCAUUCCUCCUUUCCAUUAUGGAACGCAUUAUUCUACGGCUGCUUUUGUAUAUAAUUGGCUCAUUAGAGUAGAACCUUUCACGACGAUGUUUUUGGCGCUCCAAGGUGGAAAAUUCGACUACCCCAACCGACUUUUCUCAUCGGUUGCGCUAUCCUGGAAGAACUCCCAAAGAGACACGUCAGACGUCAAAGAGCUCAUCCCGGAAUUCUACUUCCUGCCGGAAAUGUUCGUGAAUUCGAACAAAUACAGACUGGGAGUUAACGAAGAUGGCAAACCCAUCGAUGAUGUGGAGUUGCCACCUUGGGCACAAUCUCCUGAAGAAUUCGUCAGGAUCAACCGAAUGGCACUUGAGUCAGAGUUCGUAUCAUGUCAGUUGCACCAAUGGAUAGACUUGAUAUUCGGUUAUAAACAGAGAGGCCCCGAGGCGAUUAGGGCUACCAAUUGUUUUUAUUACUUGACGUAUGAAGGUAGUGUCGAUUUAGAUGCGAUAAAUGAAAAGGUGAUCAGGGAAGCUAUUGAGAAUCAGAUUAGGAAUUUUGGACAAACACCGUCGCAGUUGCUUAUGGAGCCGCAUCCGCCUAGAAGCUCUGCUAUGCACUUGUCACCAAUGAUGUUCUCCAGCAUCCCAGAUGACGUAUGCAUGACCAUGAAGUUCCUGUCAAACAGUCCGAUAGUCCACAUCUCCGCCAAUACGUACCCACAACUGCCAAAUCCUUCAGUAGUGACUGUGACUAUGCAUCAACAAUUCGCCAUCAACAGAUGGAACUCGACUUACGCGGCAGUCGCCCAAUCACCCAGCUAUGCGGAGACGCCUCAAAAUCAGGCGUCGAAUCUGCCGCUAUCCAUGGAUCCAGUUCUAUCUCAAACAAAUAACAGCAACGUCCAGAACCAAAUGUUACGUCGCCACUUGGGCGACAACUUCAGCCAGAACCUGAAGAUUCGUUCGAACUGCUUCGUGACAACCGUCGACAGCAAAUUCCUGAUCGCAUGCGGUUUCUGGGACAACAGUUUCCGCAUUUUCUCCACGGAAACAGCUAAAAUCGUGCAGAUCAUCUUCGGGCACUAUGGAGUGGUGACAUGUCUAUCCAGAUCGGAGUGUAACAUAACCUCAGAUUGUUACAUAGCGUCCGGGUCAGCGGAUUGCACGGUGCUGUUAUGGCACUGGAAUGCAAGGACGCAGACUAUCGUUGGAGAAGGGGAGGUUCCAACGCCUAGAGCCACUCUGACAGGACAUGAGCAACCGGUUUCCAGUGUGGUUAUAUCGGCGGAGUUGGGAUUGGUUGUCUCAGGAUCUUACAAUGGUCCAGUUUUGGUACAUACGACGUUUGGAGAUCUCCUUAGGUCCCUGGAGCCACCAUACGGUUUCAAUUCUCCAGAAAAUAUUGCCAUGUCCAGAGAAGGGUUGAUAGUUGUAAAUUACGAAAAGGGUAGCAUUGCUGCUUUCACUAUAAACGCUAGAAGAUUGAGAUACGAGUCCCACAAUGACAACUUGCAGUGCCUAUUACUCAGCCGAGAUGGUGAAUACCUUAUGACAGGAGGGGACAAAGGAAUAGUAGAAGUUUGGAGGACAUUCAAUUUGGCUUUGCUAUAUGCCUUUCCAGCAUGUGAUAGUAGUGUUAGAUCCCUUGCAUUAUCGCACGAUCAAAAGUUUCUACUUGCAGGCUUAGCACUAGGCUCGAUUGUGGUUUUCCACAUUGACUUCAACAGAUGGCACCAUGAAUUUCAGCAACGCUAUUAAAAGUAAUAACUGCGCAAUGACGUUUUAGACGUGGAGUUAACGACUUCAGAAGGUAUAUCAUAUAUAUCAUCAUUUUAAAAUGACAAAGAAGGAAAAAAGAAUAAGGAAUAAAAUGAAUCUUACCGAAUGUUGAAUGUACUUUCUGGGUUUGCUAGCUCUUAAUGUAUUGUACACGGUGUUUCUACACGAUGAAAUUAUAUCUAAUUUUUUGUAGAUAUUUUUGUAUAUAUCUCAUAGUUAAGGGUUUUGUUUUUAAUCCUUGCUAUAGUUGUGCAAUAUGUUUUAGUAUGCAUUGUUACCUCACAAUAUUUAUUGCGUUAUCAGUGAUACUAUUCAAAUAUCUACAGAAAUGAAAUCCGAGGUUUAUUGCUUGCCAAGCAUGGAGUAAACUUUAUGUAGAAUUGGAGCGGAUAGAGUAAAAGAAGUACUUAUAAUAUGUAUAUGUACUUAAGCUAUUUUGAAUUUUGAUAUAGUCAACUAAACUAUGUCUAUGUACACGCUUACUUGUUAUUUUUAAUGCCUAUUAGACGUUGCGAAAACCCCGCAUUCGUGGAAGAAAUUCGAAUUCAAGAGGUUGCCAGUGCAAACAUUAAAACAACUUUAUUCAGUCUAAUUGCAAAAAAACUGUUAAUCUUUUCGCUCCGGACAAUGUUUGUUGGCGUUUUUAGAUUAGUCUGAGUAAAUAAGCGCCUUGGUGGUAACAUUUCUUUAAAGUUUUCGAAUUACAACCGGUUUACGGUUUAUAUAUAGCGCAUUUUCAACAAUGAAAUAAACAAUGCUUUAAAAUUAAAGACCAAAAUACUCCUCGGGGUCUUGUAGGGAAAGGUUUGAACUCCAAUUUAGACACUUAGCAAAUACAAAAAUAAUAACUUUUAACCGAGUUUUUGAUCAUUAAAAUGGCCAUUUUUGGCGUUUUUAAGACAUCAAAUUGGGUCACCCCUUCAAGUCACCCUAACCCUAAAGCUGAGUUCUCACGAAGCGGAGAACGCUAGCGUGAUUCUCGCGUUCGUGGAUUGCCUUCAUCUGAACGAGGUGUCGUGAGAUUGCCUCUGACGUCAUCGGGAGAGAUUCCACGACCGCUCAUUCUCUGUAUCAAACAUUCGAUUUUCAGGCUUGGAUACGCCAGUCGAGAGCGAUAUAUCGUAAUUUGCCUUUGAACUGUGUUAUGAAAUGCGAUGCAGGAAAUCAAACAGUGGCGGAUCUAGAAAAUAUGUCUGGGGGUCCAUAUGAUGAAUUUGAAAUUGGCUCCUUAAAAGAAUGUUAGUGGGGGCUCAAGAUUAAUGUUCAGAAAGAACAAAAGAGGGAUAUCGGCGGUUGAAGAGCUGGGAGAUCAGCGAUUUAAGACUGAAGGGGGGGUCACCUAUAAAUUUAAACAGAUCUUUUAAAACGCUGAUAUUUCGGGGGGUCUAGACCCCCAGGACACCGCCCUGGAUCCACCCCGGACUUCAAUCAUUUGUAUCAUUUUUUUUCAAUCUUCAGGAUGCCACUUCUUAGGUGUCUGCCAAGUAGUGUUUUCCUAAAUUUCUUUAUGCAAGUAUCCACUUCCUGACCAGACAAAGCUUUGUUUAUUACUUGGUACGCCACUAGCUAGGAAGUAUUAUAAUCGCGAAAUAUUUCGAAAAUAAGAUGUUAUGUUAAUUAGAUUUUAUAUAAGAUUUACAUCUUCAAAAACCGUCUGGCUCAUUUCCGUGGGUCAGUAAAUCUGCCCAUUAAGCGAUAAUUUUUUUAUCUGUCCAUGUGGCUCAACCUUUUCUCUAACAUACCAGUAAAAUCUGAACUCAAAAGAGAUCAACUCCUUCAUGGUCGGCUUCAUAGAACAAUGACGUGUCAACGGUCCACAACUCUCGCUGGUUCAUUUUUUAUUCCCCGCUCAAGUUAAGAGAUACGACAGAGAGAUCGAAAGCGUGUCGUCUUUUUGCCUCGUGAGAACUUGGGGUCAUUUCUAGAUACGGUUCUAAAUCGCUUAUCUCUAGAAAAGAUUUGUUAAGGAGCUUUUUUUGUUGAGAAAAGGCUAAAACCUAAAAACACGUGCUUAUGAAAAAAAAAACUAAAACAAAGACGGGGUAUUCUGCUCAUUUAUAUGUUGUAUUUUUGUGUUUUACUCAUAGCCUCGAUUCACCAUGGCGGCUCGUGGGUGGAGGAACUGGGAAAUGCUUUCCUUUUUAAUUUAAAUAGGCUAAUAAUUCGGUAUCUCAAAACUACGUUGAAUGAUUGUAUCUUCUAUUUUUUUCAUUAACCUAUUAUAGGUUUUGGUUCACGUGAUUACGUUGUCCUUUAGACGAGCCGCCAGUGUGAAUAUAAAAAUAAACAUCACUAUAACUGAUACUUUUAGCCUUAUUUAUAUUGAAUACUGGAAAAAUGUGUACCUGGUGUAGGCAGGUAUACCUAGAAGCUUAUGAUAGACAAGCAUUUCAAAUAUCAUAUUUUAAACUUUGCUUUUACGCAUAACUGAUAAAUAUAGCAGGACUACAAUGCAAUUUUAUUUGAAACCAUAUAAUGUUUUAAUGUUCGUAGAAUUCUUAUCACUUAAUAAUAAUUGAAUUUGUGUUUAUGUAUAUAAUAAUAAACUUCUAUUGAAUUAUUCGUAAUCAAAUUACCUGUUGGUUGUGCUAUAAGUUCGGUAUUGUGAACACCGUUGGGAAUGUAUUAGAAAAUGUAACAUUUCCUGUAAUUAUACUUAUUAAUCGUAUAUAAUAUUGUAAUUUAAUAUGCGAUGCAGUGUUGCUUCAAGUUUUGCACUGCACUCGCUAGCAAUUGUUAUGGCCAUUUUGGCAAAACUUCGUGCCUAAGGCGAUUGCAAAAACUUUCACUUUUAAAGGAAACACUAAUAUUGUUAAUAUAAGCAGAUAAUGCCAAAUAUCAACAAUUGUUGUUAUAUGUUAGUGCGGCGAUUCAAAAAUAUCACUAGUUAUAUUUCUCAAAUCUUUUUGAUCUUCACUAUUUAUAAGGAACAGAUGUGUCACGUUUGUUGUUUGACAAAAAUAUUCACAUAAAGCCACGUUGCAGGUGUAAUACGAGACUUGACAUUAAAAAUGUAUACCGCAACUGGCAUAAAUAUAAAAGUGUUAAGUAAAGUGACAUUGUCAGAGCUACACUCUUGCUUUCCUUACCGCAUCCGGCAACUCCGCAUACCGACAUACAAAUUUUUCAUGUCAAAUUUCAUAUCGAACCUCAUACCACAACAUGCUGCCCUAACGGCAUUGAUUAAUGUAUUCUACCCGAAGAUAGCCAACCUCAUACUAUAUUCGCGCGUCCGAAAAAUUAUAUGAGAUGAAAUGAUAUACUACGGCGUCAUGUAUGAGAAUCGGUCACACCUAUGUUUCUCCUCUCCGAAAUCAUUAGAAAUCCACUUUGAAAAGUGCCUCAUGGAUGGCGCUGUAUCCAACUAUAUAUCAAUGAAAAGAAUAGAUAAUUUUUUCUUUUCUUCGAAGUUUCAAAAAGUAAGAAAAAUAAAAUAUUCUUCGAUGAAUAGUCCAGCUUUAGAACCUCCCUAUAUAUACGUACAUUAGGUAACAGUACUUAUACUUACAUACCUAUUACGUUCCUUCAGUAAACACUCCUGUAGUAUGAGGUAUAAUUUAGUAUACAUAAAAAAGGAUUCUUUAGAGAAUUCCUAAUGAGAUAGUUCCUGCUGCAUUUAUUAUAAAGACAAUUAUUUGUGAUAUGUUCAACUAUCUUUAUUUAAGAUGCUACCAACGUACAAUUAUCUUGCUUUUUCAUUUCUUUGUUGUCCUGGUCAACAAAUUAUACCAUAAAUAUAUUGAAACAAAUUCCUUUGUGAAGGUUUAGGAAGAUUCUUUUUCUUUCACUUUUUCAAAUGUAGAAUUUUUCAGUUCAAGAGCAUGUUUUAAUGCAGUCGCCUUAUGCAUUAACGGCACAGUAUGUGUGACUUGUCUCACACAUACCAUGUUUGAAAAUUAUUCCCUCCAGCAACUGUAUUAUAAUUAUUGCAAUUCUGUCCAAAAAAUCAAACUUGUAUAUAUAACUGACGCGGUUUCCUUUUUUUAUGAAAAGCUAUUAAGGAUUGUAACUUACUGUUAUGUUAUUUUAUUACUUAAAAAUGUACUUAACUGUAUGGAUACUGUAUGUUUGAUGUUAGCAAUAAUUAUAUGAUUCAUUUGUAUACCUGAAAAAAAGUUUGAAUAAAU